AUGAAGCUGUGUCGCGCGUUUCUAGAGAAUGAGUUCCGGGGCGAGCUGGUGAACCAGCGGUGGACACGAGGCGAGAGGACCAGCAGCCGCUGCCAGGCCUCCCAGAGACUGCAGAGCCGUCGACCAAUCAUG